AUCGGUCGGAUUGGGCCUACGAAUUCGUUGUUUAGUUAGUGUCCGCUUGUUGUGCUUGGGCUUUCGCGAUCCUCGUUCUGGAUUGUCGCAGUGUAGUGCUACGUCGUCGAUGCGUUCUGCUAAUUCUGCUGCGGGUGCGUUGUUGUGUUUCGUUUUGUGCUUACGUUUGCAUGCUGACUGCUGCAUCAGCGUCUAUUUGGAGUGGAGAAGAGCAUUUGUCGUAUUUUGAAUACAAUGCGCCGCUUGACGACGACGAUCAAUGUGUAGUCCUCGGUGAUUUAUGAGCAAAUUAUGCGUUUUCGCGACAGUCCGUUCGUUGCCUUGAAAUUAUUCCAGAGAUCUUCCACCUAGAGGUGACCUGAAAUUUGUUUGAUUGUUCGUUGAGGUUUGGAUGCAUUCAGCGGAUAAUUUGCGCCUUGACACUUCAAAAAUGGAUAUUUGAAGUAUUUUGGGAAGAAGAAUGUGAAAUGGAUUUAAAAAUUCUUCAAGCACAAGCAAAAAACAUAAAAUUACCACAAAGGAAGUGAAAACUGCUUUCCAUAUUAGUACCUAAGUGAGUGCAGCGAGUUGUGUUUCGAGAUUGUAUACAGAGGAAAGCCAGCCGCACUUUCAUAUAAGGAAUGAAGGAAGAAAAGUGAGUCCCAUGUGUUUCGUGUUACUUUACACAAUUUCUUUCCACGACUGCCUAUUUUCUUUAGAAUCUGCCGACAACGACGAAGCCCGCUUUGAAUAAUUGUUAGCACAAGACGCAGCGUGUGUUUUUUUUCAACAAACAACUGAGACGAGACAAAAAAUCAACAGAAAAAUUCAAAAGUGCAUGAAGUGAUCGAUGCUUUCUAUUGAAAAUGUCUGGAGUGGAAAUUUAAACCAUACGGGUGUUUCAAUUUAAAAGGAUUAUCUGGUUUGGGGGGAAAGGGAACACGUGAGAAAAAGGAUUUUUGUGUUUCCUGCUGAUACUGCUCUAUCUACAUCGGUGCUGAACUGGAUAUAAUAAGCACACACCUUGGAUUCAUCGAUAAAAGAACGCACUCACUCAAAUCGGUACAUGGCUAACUGUCGAUAGCCCCAUAAGCGGCCAGAACCUAACGGUAGCCCAUCGCCAAAUAGGAUUACAUACCGAGUUACCUUCCAAUAGGGCCAGGGUUCCAACUUUGGAAUCGGUCAAUCUGGAACGGGUCAUUAGCCACACGUAUACGAGGUUGGUCGAUGAUGGGUUGAUUUAGCACCGCACCAUGGACGGAAUUAUUUAGUCUUGAAUGAGUAGGCAAACGCUGAAGGAGACUAGAUACUCGUCGUGAAUCAAUGAUCCGGUGCGCUAAAAUCGAACCACUUUUUUGCAUUGACCGCACCGUGCCUGCCUUCAAGUGGGUGGCAAUUUCCUACGGAUCAAUUACCCCAUUUUGAACAAUUUGAAAACUUAAAGAUCUUUAAUAAUCGGCUCGGUGCUGCUGUUGGCUCUGUUGUGAGCAAUUGAACACCCACCUUAAUGGGAGCGAAAAACAUCCGUAAGUGAUCUAUGAACGAAGCGAAGCGUGAGUAGGCAAUCGAAAGAAUAAAUCUUCAUUUGACCGGUUUCGGCCAAAUAGCUGGAGGAAGGUAAAGUUAAGCCGGCAACAGCCAUUCAGCCAAACCCUUCAAAUCGCAUGUGUCCGGGGCCAAGUGCUUUGAAGUGAAGUAGUUUGCGAUCAAGCUGCUUACAAAACUGCAACCGUUUUUCGAGGGGGGGUGAAGUCUUUAGGCUGAAGAAGGGCUACUGAAAGACCCUGAGUGCGGAGUGCGUCGGACAAACGAAAAAAAAAGAGCUGCACCUUAGUUGUUUCCCCAUGUCCAAGCGCUAAACGGUGAACAACGGGCGGCAAAAGUUUCUGCUGUUUGUCCAACUAAAGUGAAGAAGCUUAACCGUUUGAAGUGAAACAGGUCGUUCAAGAAAGAAAGCAAGCAAGCAAAAAACCCGACACAAACCGAAUGCCACAGGAAAAAGUCAAUCCAUGAACGAUCGUUUGUUCCAUUCGAUUAAUUAUUCAAUCGGAAGUGUGGUUCCUGGGCGUAUUCAUUUUGUCGUUGCUUUCAAAGGUCUGGAAUUUUUCGGGGCCAAGGAAUAACAUAUGAAACGUGGAAAUUUAUGAUCCAAACUGUGACGUUAAGAGUGGAACUUGAAGACCCUUUGCAGGGGUGAAUGUGUUUGAUUUUGUUUUGGAACGCGGCCUAAAGAAAUAUUUUUGGUGAUUUUCAACGGAUAAAAGGAAGGGCUAACCGACAAGAUGGUACUCUGCGACAGUGAUUUAGAUGUAACGGGCAUCUCGCAAAAGUGGAGCAAACUGCGUCGCCGAUGUGCAUCGUUCAAAACAGUCUCCGGUCCAGCGUCACUCGAUUCGGACACCAAUUUCAUCUUGGCCGAACAUCCGACGGUGCCUUAUCAGAUCAUUGCUUCCGGUUCGGUUCAGAGUUCGGGACUGCAACAGCAACAGGAACACCAGCAUCAUCCGCAUCACCACAACCAUCAUCAUCAUCACCAUCAUCCGGGUCAUCAUAGGCAUCAUCAUCAUCACCACCACCAUCACCAUCAGAACGGCCAAAGUCACGAGCAUCAUUACGGCGAACAGCUUCACUAUCCCACAAGUCACCUGCAUGACCCCAACUGGGAGUUAAGACAUUCCAGCUCCAGCUCCACAUCAACGUCUUCAUCGACGCUUGGUCCACCUCAAAUCUACGCAUCUUCGAACAGCGAAGAGUAUUGGCAGAUACACGAACGCGACGUCAAGCUAUGGCGUCUGGGAGCUCAUCAAACAUAUGCCCAUAGGAUCAGGGUAACUCCGAACCAGCGCCGAAGUGCCCACAGCAUCGAUUGGGAGUACAACGUCCAGAAAUACGAAAACAUGGUUGAUCCAGCCCAGGUUGCAGCUGCCCGGCUAUUUCGGCACGAAAAACUUCAGUACUACGAUGAAGUAUCGAGUGUUAAAAAGAAAAACUCUCUCGGUGCGAGCGAAAGUGAAAGUGGAAUCAAAAUCGCCAAAGAAAUCAAACUUCCUAGUCUCAAAAACUUCAAAUCGGCUUCGAUGCGAUUACCGGGUCAAAAAUCGUCCAUCAACGAAGUUCAACAGCUUCUGAGGAGUAAAUUCAAUCGGAUUCAUGCAGGAUUACGCAAACGAAGAGCCCUCUCGGUCCAGGAAGUUUUUCAAAUGCCUGCUCAAACUACGCCCUCCAAACCAACCUUCUACGUUCCUUCACCUUUGAUCGGAGAACGAAACCACAACAGCUCCGUCCCUCGAUUCGACGAAGAAUCAAACGAUGAAGACGAUGGCCCCAUAAGCCUACCUUACAUCAGUGACGACCUACUUAACCCAACUGCUACACCCGUCCAUAUACGAGAUAGAUCCUUAAGCCCUAGGAAAGAACGCACCAAAACCUGGUAUCGACCCAUCGAUUUCUCUGCUCCGAUGCACAAAAGCGAACAAGAAUCGAAACCAAUAGACAAACCUGCCCCCGUUAAAAGCAUUCCUAUCACCGAAGACGAGAAGAAACCAAAAGAAAAGACCGAAAAACUGAACUUCUCUCUCGGAGGUCGACUUUCCCUGCGAGAACGAGUCGAAAGCAUGAACCUUAACCGUUUACGAUCAAAAACUUCUAACCAAGCUAGUCCACUGCCGAAAAAAGCUACCGAGCAACGCAAAAUCCGUCCCCGAAGCCACUCGCCCCUGAAAAACAUCAAAAUCAACCUUUCGAACCUCGGUCUUACCAACAAUAACAACAACACUACCCCAACCAUCCCGGAAACCCCGAAAGCCAAACGUGAAUCGAUAGGGUUACUUACCCGCCUCAAUCGGAUGAUGCACAGCGCCAGUCCAUCGCCGGAAAAGGCCAACCGGGCUAGUGAACCACCGACGGCAGUUAACGGUUCCGCGUCCAAAGAUGGUAGCAAGACAUCAACCCCAGUUCGUCCGAAAUCCACGGCAACAGCCGUCACCGUCACUGUCGGCAAUGUUAGUAAACAAUCGACCAUCCAGAAGCUGACGCAGCUGAGCAGCGGGAACAGGAACUCGCAACGAUCAGCGGCUGCCGCCAAAUCGGUGGCCUCCGGUGAGAAAUCGGUACCGGCGAAAGGUGCUGGGAAGAGCAGUGCUACGCAAGUUGUGGUGGAACGUGACCGGAAACCCAAACAGACCACCGAUAGUACACCGAAAUCGUCGGUUUCGACCAACGGGAUUUCCAAACUUACCUCGGUUACUUUCACCAAGGUGCUGGACAACCAAAGCCAAAGGGGCACAAAUCAGCCGGAUCACGCCGAAGAAAAUGGUCAUCAUCCGGCGGUGCAGCUAACGGAUGACUAUGAGCUAGAACUGGAGGAUGAAAUCGAGGAGAGCAAAUUUUGUACACUGCCACGGAGCGGACCCAAUGCUUUCUGCAUACGACAGGCCCGCUUCGUCAAGGGUAACGGUGCCAAAGCCUUAGGGUUCUCCAUCGUCGGCGGCAAGGACUCACCGAAGGGAUCGAUGGGAAUCUACGUUAAGACCAUCUACCCGAAUGGUCAGGCCGCGGAAAAGGGAAGCCUCCAGGAGGGCGACGAAAUCCUAUCGGUCAACGGCAAAGGCUUCCAGGGAUUGUCCCAUCAGGAGGCUAUCAAUGUGUUCAAAUCCAUCAAAAGUGGAGAGGUGGUCAUUUUAAUAGGUCGAAGAAACGUUAGUCGCCGAAAGGGUGACACCCCAUCCCCCCAGGGAACUCCAUCUGCUGAUCCUACUGUACAGCAUCAGGAAUGAGAUGGAACGAGUUUUCGUUAGAUAUCGUACUACAAGGAAAAAGUAACCAGAGAAAAUAUUAUUUUUAGCGGUUAAAAAUAAGGAUUUCCGUAAAUAACAACCAAGAUGCAAUUAUUAGUUCGAUAAGCUUGAACUAUAGGAAAACUGAAAUCUAAGUAAAGUGCCAAAAUUGUUAUUUACACACAAUCACGUUCAGCAAUGUUCAAGUGGCAGCUCGCGAAUCAAACGUUUGCAUCUUAAAAAUCGAUAUAAAUGCACCUAGUCGUAUAUGUUUUUCUUCUUCUACAUAAUGAUAAGAAAACUCAUGUAUUUGAUCCCGCAAUAACCCUUUAACAACAAAAAAUAAACCAACGAAGAGUAUAUAUUUCACCCAUUAAAAAUAAUUGAAAUAAUAUUAUUUAACCGUAUGCCAAAGCAAAUCAUCAAAUGAAAAAACAGUCAAGGAGGAAAAUUAAAGAGUAUUGUAUAAAUUUUCACCCUUUUUUUUUUUUGAAAACUCAGUAACCAACCUUCAAAACAUAAUUUAAGUGAUUGUUGUUGUCUUUAUGUUAGCUGGAGUGUUUACUGGAAUAUUUUUUUUGUAUUUAAUAAAUGUAGAAUAUAUCGAAAU